AUGUGGCCACGCAAAUCCUCAGACAAAGAUGAAAGUGACACCAAGAUAGAUCCACCCUCCGACACUAAAGAUGAUUUGGAGAGCGCCCACAUCGAGAAGAUUGACGCUAGUAUCGACAACAUUGCGACCAGUAUCGACAACCUACCGGUCAGCAUGUUCGUCUGGCUCGCGGCAUUGACAGCCUCCAUGGCGGGUCUAUUGUUCGGAUACGACACAGGCAUUAUCUCCGGCGUCCUGGUGGUUCUGGGGAAUUCUCUUGAUGGCAGACCUGCAACAAGCAGCGAGAAAGAGAUGAUUACCUCGCUUUGCUCAGGAGGUGCCUUCAUUGGUGCCAUCUUUGCCGGUAACACCGCAGACAGAUUCGGUCGCAAAAUGGCCAUCUACCUCGGCUGUGUCCUCUUCAUCGCUGGUGCCGUCAUCCAGGCAGCUGCCUAUACCAUUGCUCAAAUGGCCGUCGGCCGACUGGUCAUUGGAUUUGGCGUUGGCUGUGGCGCCAUGGUUUUGCCGCUCUACGUCGCAGAGAUUGCCCCGGCCAAGGCCCGUGGAAAGCUCAUUGGACUGAACAACAUGUCAAUCACCGGAGGGCAAGUUAUCUCUUAUGCUAUCGGAGCAGCCUUCUCAAGCGUUCCCCAUGGCUGGCGAUACAUGGUUGGACUCGGUGCUGUACCUGCCCUUAUCCUCGGUGCACUUAUGCCCUUCUGCCCCGAGUCCCCCCGUCACCUUGCCUAUAAUGGUCGCCACGACGAGGCAAGAGUUGUGCUUCGUAAGAUCUACGCCAAGGCCACUGAGGAUCAAAUUGACGCGGUCCUUCUCUCCAUCAUUACGGCAUGCGACCAGGCCCGCGAAAUCAACGAGAGCGGGUCUCGAUUCUCAAAGAUCAAGAAACUCCACACUGUCCCAAGCAACCUCCGUGCAUUGAUCAGUGCUUGCGGUCUGAUGGUUAUCUCACAACUGUCCGGUUUCAAUGCCCUGAUGUACUACUCUGCUACACUGUUUUCACUGGUCGGCUUUGACAACCCCACUGCGGUCGGACUUGUGGUAGCAGGUACCAACUUCAUCAUGACUUUCGUUAACAUGAUGAUGGUCGAUGGAAUGGGGCGGAGAAAACUUCUCCUUUCGACCGUGUGGGGAAUGUCCGUCGGGAUGAUUGCCGUCGCAGUUGCGUUCCGCUGGAUCCCAAUCAACAUGGAAACAAUGGAAGUGACAACAACUGGGAUUCCCCCGGCGGCCAUCGCAGUCCUAGUCUUUAUCAUCUGGUUUGUGGUAUUCUACGGCGUCUCCGUUGGCAACACUGCAUGGAUGAGCACCGACUUCUUCCCUCUCGAGGUGCGUGCCAUUGGAACAAUGUGGCUGACCUGCUCCAACUGGGGCGCCAAUGUCAUUAUCUCUAGCACUUUCCUCUCCAUGAUGAAGGCGUGGACUCCUUCUGGUGCAUUUGGCUUCUUUGCCGCGAUUUGUGGUCUUGGAUACAUCUGGCUUUACUUCUUCUAUCCCGAGGUGUCUGGCCUGGUUUUGGAAGAGGUGAAGGAGGUCUUCGAGCACGGAUUCGGUGUCAGCUAUGCCAGACAGCUCCGAAAGGAGCGAAAGGACAUCAUCGAGGAGAGGAUGAAGACCCAAGAAAAGCCGAUCGCUGCUGGGCAUUAA